AUGGCAUCAUCAAAUAAUGAAAAGAGUUCAAUUCAUUCAUCAAAAAGUAAUUUAUAUGGUAAUAAUGGAGGAAAUUCAUCUUUCGUUGAUGAAUCUAUGGUUGUGAAAUCAUCAUUAGAAGAUGUAGCGGCUGGUAUAACUAGGAUAGAAAACGUUUUAUUAGAUCUUACAAAACAGAUUUUCAUAUUAAAUGAUAAUAUAACAGUAUUAAUAAACCAACCACCACAGACUACUUCUUCUUCAUUAAAUGGUCAAAAAUCAAAUAACCUGCUUCACCAAGUGGAUUUACAGCAAACUGAAAUAAAAAGAAGCACUAGCAUAAGAACGUAUCACAAAGAUUCCUCCGAUACAAUUGGAAAUUUAUCUUUACAAAUUGCUACCUUGACUACCAGUGUAGCUCAAUUAAUUUCUCAAAGAAAUAGUAAUUUUAUUGCUUUUCAACCUCCGAUUCAAAGAAUUCCAAGAUGGAAUCAUGAUCCUUAUCGGAAUUCAAAUCAUCCACCUCCAAUACCACGAAUCAUAGCUCCUAGACAGGAAAGAAGUAAAUAUGUUGAUAAAGAAGUUGAUGAGGUGAUUGAAAAGUUUGAGAAUAUGAGACUAAGACCAGAAUUACUUCGUGGAAUUUUGGAUUAUGGGCUUGAUCGACCUUCAUCAGUACAGCAACGAGGGAUCCCUUUAUUAUUAAAGGGACAAGAUAUUAUUGCACAAGCAAAAACGGGACAAGAUAAAUAUUCUACAUAUUGUAUACCAAUCUUACAAAAUAUGGAAUUACAAUCAAUAAGGACGCAAGCAUUAAUUAUAACGCCAACGAAUGAAACGGCGGGACAUGUAUAUAGAUUAAUAAUGGGAUUAUCAACAUCAAUGCGUGAUUUAGAAUGUUUGCUUUGUAUAAGUGGAGGUAAUAUUGGGGAUGAUGUGAAAAAGGUGCAAAAAAGACCUCAUAUAAUAAUAGGAACACCAAAUCGAAUGUGUGACUUGGUGCAUUUGGAUGCAAUAGAUUUAUCAUGUUUAAAAAUAUUUAUUAUUGAUGAUGCUGACGUUCAAUUGGAACAAGGAUUUAAAGAUCAAGCAAUGGAAUUGAGAAGAAAUUUUCCUAUAAAGACUAUAGUUCAAACCGUCAUAUUUUGCGGAAAUGUUAAUGCUGAAAUAAUGGAAUUAACCACACCUUUACGAAUGCGCGAACCUGUUAGAAUACUUGUUAAAAAACAAGAUCAAGUGCUACAGGGGAUACGUCAUUAUUAUUUAUAUAUUGCUGUUGAAAGGAGUGAUUGGAAAUUUGAAGCUCUAAGUGAUUUAUUGGAUGGUAUGAAAACUUCAAAAAUAAUAAUUUAUUGUAAUAAAGAUAGCACCAAGGAUUCUCUAUGUUAUAAAUUAUGUGCAAGGAACUUCCAUGCCGUUGCUCUGCAUGGAGAAGUGGGUAGUUCACAAAGAAACUUAAUAUUGGAUAAAUUUAGGUUGAAUAAGGACAACAUACUUAUUACAACAGAUUUAAUAACAAAAGGGGUAGACGUUGAACAAUCAGUUCAACUGCUGAUAAAUUUUGAAUUACCCUCCAAACCUGAAGAAUAUGGGAAACGCAUUGCUAUCGUGACUGCAUCGGGAAGUAGUCGUCAAGGUGUUUCAAUAUCGUUUGUAACAUCAAAAGCCAACGAUAUGGGCAAUUUACGUUCGAUUGAAAGUUUUCAUAAAAUUAAAAUGCCCGAGGUACCGGUAAGUUUCUAA